CUGCAGAGGGCGAUACCAAUAUGUUAAUUCUGUCACGUCUACAGCUUUUGCUCCUUUGCUAUAAUUUGCUAACAAACGGUUCUGCAUAUCUACUGUUUGAACCUAUUUAAGCUCACUUUUGGCCUGUUACUGUCUGAAAACCAACCGCAUAAGGGUGAACAAGCCUGAAAGGAAUCCCUUUGGUUCAGAGCUGGAGAUGAAGGGCCCGUUUGACCAUUUAAAGCAGGUAAAGAGUCUGUUAGCUUCCAAGCUAAGUGGGAAAAAACGUAGCUUUGAUUGCAUGGCCCUCAGUUUGGCAUAGAUGGACUUAAAGGCUGCUAUCAACGCUUUCAAAAGUAUUGACCUAGAUGGAGCAUAUGCUGAAAAAUAAACUCUCACUGUGAAUACACAAGAUUCAUAGUUGACGAACCACUUAUCAGCUUUGGAAUGAAAGCUGGAACAGAGCAACUCGAUCCUCUCCCUCCGAACUGGAGGAGUGAAGAGUCAGCAGCUGAGGAUCCUGAUGGCAAACCACUGGAAAUGGAGGAUGAGGAUCCAGAGUUGAUAAGGAAGCGGAGAGAACUCAAAGCAAUAGAGGAGAAGAUAUUGCUUAAGAAAGCUGCAAUUGCUCUGAAAAUGGUCAACCCGUUUGCGAAGAGGAUGACUUUGCCAGAACUUUCCUGUGAUGAACAGUCAGCAAAAUGUGACGGUACAACUCUAAGAGACAGGGUGAAUGCAAUCCUGCACCAACAUCAUCCUCCUAACUAUAAAAGGUCAAAGGUCCAUUCCAAGUCUGGUCAGAGAGACAAAAUUAACCCCUCAUUCCCAAGACAAGCUGACCACCCACUGAAACUCAGAGUGUAUUCACUUUUGAGACGGAGAUGUCCUGAUCCACAUGUGGUGCCACCAAACAGUGAGGUGCUUGAUGUCUUGCCACCACUUCCUCCGAGCCAAUCCUUUACCACACCACCCGAGGAGGAAAACGGUGUCAAUAAGGGUUUCCUGCGCUUCCUCGAGGUGCUUAACAAAGGAGUGGAUUUAAACGUGCUUAGCAGGAUCGUAAACAAUGACGGUGACGUUCUUGCUUCACCUGAUGAGAUGUUGAACAAUGAACUUUCUGUUGUGGAGAGUAACUCAGAUGUGGCCUGUACUACGAAGAGCCAGACAACCAGCAGUGGUGCUAAUCCACUCAGAUCGAGUUGGACCAGCAGUGGAGAGAGGAGGACAGUCAGUCAGGAACGAUCCCACAAUGAUAGACGCUCCCUGCCCAUUGAGGAGGAGGAGGAGAAGAAGACAAAUGACAGAGGAGGCCACACUUUAUCCACUAGGAGUCCAUCAAAGUCUCCACCACCAAAGGUAAAAAAGAAGGAGGAAGACGAGAAAGAAAAAGCAAAGAUGGAUGAGCGGCAAGAGCAGCUCCAGAACAUUCUGAAAACUCUGGGCUUUAGUCUGGAAGCCGAUGAGAUGAGCAGACUCGCAGACCGGACCCAGGAGAGGCUAUAUGGGAGGAAGCCGAGUGGUAACCAGAGGCCUGACAGUCAGGAGAACGACUCCCAUAGAUGUGACGGGCACUCCUCUUCAUCCUUCUCCACCUCUUCUCCUUCCAAGUCAGUCUGUAGUAGUUCUAGUCCCCACAGGGACAGCCACAAACGAGAGCAAACAUCCCACAAAGGCAGUGAUGUACAAGAUGUUUAUGAGGAUGAUGAAGAAUCACAGAGUCACCAAACAGAUUCCUCUCCAGCCCAACCGACUGCCUCUUCCCAAGAUACAAUUUUGUUCCAGUUGUCCCAGUACAAUGCAUACUACAACGGCAUUCACGGCAGUCCUACAGACGUUGACUCUACAUACGCUCAGGGCGAGUCACACCCUUCUAAACAUUCUUUCAUUGGCUUUACUUAUCCACAGAACACCCUUCAACACUCUCCUUUCCCUGUGACACAACCACACAAACCAAAUGUGCAGCCUCACAAUUACAAUACCUGGGGACGUUUUAAUCCAGACCUUUCAAUGAGUGAGGGUCAAACCGGAUUGAUUAAAGGCCCCCGCUGCCUCACACUUGUCCAAAACUCUGUAAAGGUAAAAAAGAAGAUGAAAAACCAAAUAGAGAGAAGGUUGUUGAAUUGUGAGUCUUUUAGUCCUUUUCCAUCUUCAAGCUUGUAGCUCUACAGAAGUUGCAGGCUCAUUCUCUAAAUAUCUGUAGCUCUGUUCAGACCUGGCGUUACAGUGUAUCGGAUCUGUCUCAGGUGAUCACUUGUGUUCAGAGCUAACCUCCCAGCUGCAACUCAUUUAUAGCCAAAAACCUGACGCAAGCUUUCAUUUCAAGGUCAACAUGCUGGAUUUGUAAUGUUUCUUUUCAAAUUUGUUUUAUUGUGCAGCUCAAACUUUUCAGCUACCAUAAACUUUUUAAGGUCCAGUUCAUGGUUGACAUUUACAAUUUGGAGUGACAGACCCAGCUCAUUUUUUGUUCUUUUUCCAAAUUUAUAUUGAAUGGUCUCUGAACUCCAGUCAGUGACUCCAUCAUUAAGAAUGUUCUUAAGCAAUAAUGAAUUGCUGUUUUUUGAUUACACUGGAUCAUUUCAUUUCUGCAUUUCUGUGAAUGUUGAUGCCCUGUGUGUCUUCAGCCUUAUUUCCCUCUUGUAUAAAUUUGAUGAAGCAAAAAAAUAUUUUUGUGCACUCUAUUUUU